AUGUCGGACUUCAAGGGCAAAGUGAUCGCAAUCACAGGCGGAGGAUCUGGCCAGGGUAGGGCGCUUGCAACGCUGUUGGCCGAGCGAGGAGCACUUGUAUCGCUCGCCGAUGUGAAUGAGGCCGGGCUUCAGGACACCAUCAAGUCUCUGAAUAAUUCUUCGGAGCACAUUGCAACCAAGGUCGACGUACGGAAGAGCGCUGAGGUCAACUCCUGGAUUUCCAAGACUGUCGAGAAGUAUGGGAAGCUUGAUGGCGCUGCUAACUGGGCUGGCGUCAUCAGAGUCAAUCCGACGGUCGACAUGUCGGAUGAGGAUUGGAACUUUGUGAUGGAUGUUAACUCCACUGGCGUUUUCAACUGCAUUCGUGCCCAGCUCCGUGUCAUGAAGGAUGGCGCUUCAAUCGUUUCAGCUGCAAGCAGUGAAGGUCAGAUUGGCUGGCCAACGUUCACGGCUUAUUGCGCCAGUAAACAUGCUGUUAUCGGUUUGAGCCGUAGCGCAGCAAAGGAGCACGUAGGAAUCCGCAUCAAUUGUGUUGCCCCAGGCUGUACCGACACUCCGAUGAUGGCUAAUGAUACCCUCGAGAACUCGGAUGAGAUCAAGGCCCAAAUCCAGAAAAGGAAAGCCGACCCCAAGGAGAUCAUUCGCGUUGCUGCGUUCUUGCUUUCCGACGAGGCAAGCUUCGUGACCGGAGCUGUCUGGAAUGUGGACGGCGGAUGGAUCUGCUAA